GGAAAAAAAGAUGAAAUGCAAUUUACUCUUUUAAAAAUUAUAAUAAGUGUGUUCUUACAACUAAAAAGUAAAUUCACAGCGAUAUACGCAAGGAAGAAAACUACCUUUGUGCCUUUUUCGUGUAAUGGAAUUAAUCAGGGGAAGAUAAAUUUCUAAAGAUAAGUGCAAGAUUUUUUGUAAGUUUGUAAAAAGAAAGAAGACUACAAAAAUAAAUAAAUUUCUUGUAGCAAAAGUGAAAAAAGAAUACCUCGUGCUUGUGUUGGUUAAACGUAUUAAAUGCGCUAAAGCGCUUUCUCAAUAAAACAUCUUUCAUUGAGGAAGGUGUAAGAUUAUUGCAGCGUGCUUGAUAUAGCAUCCGAAAGCUAUACGAGAUACAUACAGAGAAGCCUCGACCAUGUCCAGCCGUAGUCGAGCGAUUCUCAAUGUUAACCUGGAUGCGGUCAUGGCCAAUGAUCCAUUGCGUGAACUGUUUGAAGCUUGUAAGACGGGUGAUAUAGGUAAAGUGAAAAAACUUAUCACACCACAGACUGUUAAUGCUCGUGAUACAGCAGGGCGUAAAUCUACACCACUCCAUUUUGCAGCAGGCUAUGGUCGACGCGAGGUGGUUGAAUUCUUAUUGAAUAGCGGUGCAUCUAUUCAGGCUUGUGAUGAGGGUGGUCUGCAUCCGUUACAUAAUGCUUGCUCGUUUGGUCAUGCGGAAGUAGUGCGCUUAUUAUUAAAAGCUGGAGCCUCGCCCAAUACUACAGAUAAUUGGAAUUAUACGCCGUUGCAUGAGGCUGCUAGUAAGGGCAAGGUGGAUGUGUGCAUUGCUUUAUUGCAACACGGUGCGAAUGCUGGUAUACGUAAUUCGGAGCAAAAGACCCCUUUAGAGCUGGCGGACGAUAACACAAGACCCGUUCUGACUGGGGAAUACCGUAAAGAUGAACUUUUAGAAGCGGCACGUUCAGGUGCGGAGGAUCGUCUGUUGGCCUUGCUAACACCACUAAAUGUUAAUUGCCAUGCCAGCGAUGGCCGACGUUCGACGCCACUGCAUUUGGCUGCUGGAUACAAUCGCAUCAGUAUUGUGGAGAUUUUAUUGGCUCAUGGAGCUGAUGUACAUGCUAAGGACAAGGGCGGUUUAGUACCGUUGCAUAAUGCUUGCUCUUAUGGUCAUUUUGAGGUUACAAAACUAUUAAUUAAAGCGGGAGCUAAUGUCAAUGCCAACGAUUUGUGGGCCUUCACACCUCUCCAUGAAGCCGCCUCUAAAAGUCGCGUAGAGGUAUGCAGUCUAUUGCUGAGCAAAGGUGCCGAUCCCACUUUGUUAAAUUGCCACAACAAAUCGGCCAUUGAUUCCGCUCCCACCCGAGAAUUGAGAGAACGUAUCGCAUAUGAAUAUAAAGGCCACUGCGGUUUGGACGCAUGUAGAAAAUGCGAUAUAACUCGUCUCAAGAAAUUUCUUUCAUCGGAAACUGUAAACUUUGUACAUCCGUAUUCGGGCGAUACACCUUUACAUGCCGCUUCGAUUUCCAUAGAUCUUAAGAGGAAACAGAUCGCUGAUGUACUUAUACGCAAGGGUGCGUUACUCAAUGAAAAAAAUAAAGCCUUUUUGACACCUCUACAUCUAGCCGCCGAACACUUGCAUUAUGAUAUUAUGGAUACAUUAUUGAAAAAUGGUGCCAAAGUGAAUGCCUUAGAUGGUUUGGGACAGACAGCCUUACAUAAAUGUGCUCGAGAUGAACAGGCGGUACGUCUACUAUUAUCUUAUUCCAUAGACACUACCAUUAUUUCGCUGGAAGGUUAUACGGCUGCUCAGCUGGCCUCCGACAACGUUCAAAAAUUGUUAAAAGAUCCGCCUGAUACAGAAACCCAUCUAUUGGAAGCAGCCAAGGCUGGGGAUUUGGAUACAGUACGGCGUAUUGUUUUGGCUAAUCCACAAACGGUUAAUUGUCGCGACCUGGACGGCCGUCAUUCGACCCCUUUGCAUUUUGCUGCCGGCUUCAAUCGCGUUCAAGUUGUCGAAUUCUUAUUAGAACAGGGAGCUGAAGUGCACUCAGCCGAUAAGGGCGGACUGGUUCCUCUACAUAAUGCUUGUUCUUAUGGUCACUUUGAGGUUACCAAACUUCUAAUUAAAGCUGGAGCGAACGUUAACGUUUCCGACUUGUGGAAAUUUACGCCCCUACACGAAGCGGCGGCAAAAGGAAAAUAUGAUAUUGUGAAGUUGUUGCUUAAGCACGGUGCGGAUCCUACGAAGAAAAAUCGCGAUGGACAGUUACCAGCUGAUCUGGUUAAAGAAUCGGAUCAUGAUGUAGCCGAUUUAUUGCGAGGAAAUUCUGCUUUAUUAGACGCCGCAAAGAAGGGAAAUUUGGCCCGUGUGCAACGUUUGGUUACGCCAGAAACUAUUAAUUGCCGUGAUGCUCAAGGUCGGAAUUCCACACCGCUGCAUUUAGCAGCUGGUUACAACAACUAUGAGGUAGCCGAGUACUUGCUGGAAAAUGGGGCCGACGUCAAUGCUCAGGAUAAGGGAGGCCUAAUUCCAUUGCAUAACGCUUCUUCCUACGGCCAUUUGGAAAUUGCCGCUCUUCUUAUCAAACACAAGACUGUUGUGAACGCCACCGAUAAGUGGGGUUUCACGCCUUUGCAUGAGGCUGCCCAAAAAGGGCGAACUCAACUCUGUUCAUUGUUGCUGGCUCAUGGAGCUGAUCCGUACAUGAAAAAUCAAGAGGGCCAAACGCCGAUAGAAUUGGCUACGGCCGAUGAUGUUAAAUGUCUUCUCCAGGAUGCCAUGGCUACAUCUCUGAGCUGUUCAGCUUUAAGUGCUUCCCAGCAAUCGUUGCUUAGUAGUAACUGCACCCCUUCGACACCGAAUACUCUAAAAGGAGCGGCGACUACAACAGCAAAUGGAGCAACUACUUCUACGUUGCCGACUAGUCCAGCCACGGUCUGCACCACAGUCCUUUCACCCACUACUGAAACAGUAACACUGCCGACGGGUGCCUCGAUGACGCUUAGCGUACCUAUACCACUGCCCCUGUCAACACGCCUAAGUCCUGCUCAAGGAGCCGAGGCGAAUUCGGGAGACGUGACCAAUGAGGAGGUCGCCGAUCCUGAAUCUAUUACUAAUAUAGCUAGCUUUUUGUGCACUCUUCAACUAGAGCAUUUAAUUGAUCUUUUCGAAAGGGAACAAAUUACUUUAGAAAUUUUGGCAGAAAUGGGUCAUGAAGAUCUCAAACAGGUUGGAGUUUCAGCUUAUGGAUUCCGUCAUAAGAUUUUAAAAGGUGUAGCGCAAUUAAGAGCCACAACAGGCAUUGGUAACAGUACUAAUCCUGGUACACUACUGGUUGAUCUCUUAUCAGACGAUAAAGAAUUUCUGGCGGUGGAGGAAGAGAUGCAAGCUACCAUCCGAGAACACCGCGAUAAUGGCCAAGCUGGAGGUUAUUUUACACGCUACAACAUUAUAAGGGUGCAAAAAGUGCAAAAUCGUAAACUCUGGGAGCGUUAUACACAUCGCCGUCAAGAAGUAUCCGAAGAGAAUAACUUGCAAGCCAAUGAACGCAUGCUCUUUCAUGGAAGUCCCUUUAUCAAUGCCAUUGUUCAGAAGGGAUUCGAUGAACGUCAUGCUUAUAUUGGCGGUAUGUUCGGUGCGGGCAUCUACUUUGCUGAACACAGCUCUAAAAGUAACCAGUAUGUCUACGGUAUUGGGGGAGGUAUAGGUUGUCCAUCGCACAAAGACAAAUCGUGUUAUAUGUGUCCAAGGCAAUUGUUAUUAUGUCGGGUAGCCUUAGGCAAAUCGUUUUUACAAUAUAGUGCCAUGAAAAUGGCUCACGCUCCACCCGGCCAUCAUUCUGUUAUUGGACGACCGUCAGCGGGUGGCUUACAUUUUGCCGAAUAUGUUGUAUAUAGAGGAGAACAGGCAUACCCUGAAUACCUAAUUACUUAUAAAAUUGUUAAACCAGAAGAUAACGGAAGUGGAAAUGAGGAAACGAGAUGAUGGAUGCCAUCGGUUGGAUCUACACCUACGACAUCACCGGCUCAACAGCAACAACAGCAAUCGCAGCACCAAGUUCAACUGAGCCAAAUUCAACCGAAUGCCGGUAACGCCACCCAAACGACAUUGGCGACAGCGUUGGGAGCCAGUCUUAGCCAUCAUUCUGUACAGCAGCAUACAAAAUUGCACCAACAGCAUUCUUUACCUUUACAAUUGCAAUAUCAGGUUACUACCACACAGCCUUCACCUGCCGGGAUGUUUAUAAGUCAAACAGCAGGCAUUAUUAGCAGUACAGCUACGCUGGGGGGUCAUGUGACUGGCGGAGGAGUUACCAAUUUUUUUAAUACAAAUGGGGGUGACAUUUCACCAAUAUCGUCGACGGGUUCAUUUUCUUCCGUAGACACUAAUCAAACGCUUCUCAAUUCUAUAGUCAAUCAACAGCAAUUACAUUCCCAGAAGUCGUACAUCAGUACGGCUGCACGAUCAGCAUCAUCUGCCAAGCCUGUGCCCGGUCGCUCUUACCGCACAAAAUAUAGUCAAUUUAUGAUUAUUACUCCUGCCGUUUCAAUAGAUCGCGAUUUUGAACGUGCAACCUCUAACGAUAAUUCCACCGAUAAUGGGGCUUUCAAUGCGUCUGACGAUGAUCCUUAUCUUUCACACAAUGGCAACAUCUACCGAAUGUCACUAUUGCAAAGCAGCAUUGAUAGUGGAAAUAGCAGCGAUAGCGGUGGUUCAUUUCGCUCUAAUUACAAUCCGUAUUUGCACACAAGUCGUCAGCAUUUAUUACCCAAAUCGGCUCCUGCGUUUUGUACUUUCUCGCCGUCGUCUUGGGGUUGGUGUACACUAAUUUGCGCGGCAAUGCGUUGUUUCGGUGCAAGUGGAAGUCAUGGCGGCGGUAUUGGCGGGUCGCAUGCAAAUCAUUACAGCACAUCUUUUGUACGGCGACCUUAUCAGAGAUCCCGAAGUUCUGGGCCGCAUACUGCCACCUCGAAACCACCGCAUCGUCGUUUACGCUCCUAUUCGACGUCGUCGUUUACUCCAGAAACUGCAUUCGAACACUUUUCGGCGCCUUUUAAAAAUCGUAAGACGCGUGAUCAUUUAAAUAAUAUCACGUACGAAUUGUGACGCUCGUUAAGUGAAAAGUGCAAAAGCCUUAAAAAGACUCACAUGAGUGAUUUCCGCACACUACUCUUAUUAAUGUACUGUGUUAUCGUGUAUAUAACACCGCUACACUUUCUAAGAACAAAUGUAUUCGUGUAAAAUAUAUAAUAAGUAACUAAUUAUAUUCUCUUAUUUCUCUACGCUGUAAAGGAAACAAAAAAACAACAAAAAAUUACAAAAGAAAAGAACGAAAAUCAAAACGUUUUUCUUUAUUAUCUUAACUGUGUUAAAUUGUUUGCAAGUGUUUGCAAAUGUCUAAAAAAAAAAAAAAAAAAAAAAAAAAAAAGAAACUUUUAUCUCUCUUUCUAACUAUUCCUCUCUUAUAUAGGUACACCCAAAAAAAUGAGAUAUUAAAAUAAGCCUCAGGGAUGGUAAAAAAAAAAAAAAAA